CACACACACACAGUGACUACACGAGUGAUACGAAAAUGGCAGCAAAGCAAAGUCCAGUAUAAAAGUGCAAAUUAAAAAACGUCUGUAUAUCAGAAAGGGCAAUUAACAUGUCCCAAAUACGGCAAACAAACAAGAAGGAACUGCUUGUAAAUGUUGAGUUAAAAUGCGUCGUUGUUCAGAGCAGAGCAGCUGACCCCUAGAGCAGCUAUAGCCUAUCGGAUGAACGGAGGAGGCACAUGUGUGUCCGAACAGCGAGCAGCCCGUCGAUGGAUUCAACAGCAAAAUACUUUUUGGGUUUUUGAAAAGUAUCUGUUAUAAGACCAAAUUCAGCAAUGAUUUAAUGAAGUGCAUCUUGCACUUUGAACGUUUGUUGAAAACAGCUUUAAACUUUACUGCAGCCCAGGUUCGUGUCAUCAAAAGUGUCUUUAAGCCUGCAGAGGUCAACUCGUGUAGGGAAAGCGCGUUUAAAUCUUGAGAAGAUAUUUCAAAUUGAUGAAGAACUAAUGUACAUUUUGGGGAGUGGUCCAUGUCAUUACUCGAUGCGGACUCCUCGCGGUUUGGCGCUUUUUGCGGUUCUUCUGGAUCUCCAUCUGCACCAGGCGAACGCCAUCCCUGCUGAGUGCGACCCUAACUACGUCCUUAUUGAAGAUGAAAUCAAAUGUAUGGAACUGCUGAAGAUCAACAGGAGUUCACAUAAUGUUGGGCAGGAAGAGUGCAGGGGCCUCUGGGACGAUGUGAGCUGCUGGCCCCAUGCGGUGGAGGGGGAGGUGGUGUCUGUCCCCUGCCCAACCUUCCUGCAAACCACAGGGAGAGUUUAUAAGAACUGUACGGAGUCCGGCUGGAGUGAAUCCUACCCCCCCCACGAGAUAGCGUGUGACUACGGCUUCAAUGGAAGCUUCUCUAUCGAGACGGCGGUGUCGCCGCGGUACUUCCUGUAUGUCAGGAUCAUGUACUCCGUGGGCUAUGCCGCUUCCCUCGUCUCCCUGGUCGUUGCCGUGACAAUUCUCUGUCUCUUCAGGAGACUUCACUGCACUCGAAACCUGGUCCACAUCCAGCUCUUCCUCUCCUUCAUCCUGCGUUCCACCCUCAUCUUCGUCAGAGACCUGCUGCUCUUUACCUCCCAGGACCACUUCCACUGCGGCGUUUACCCGAUGAGCUGUAAGAUUGCCACAGCCCUCUCCAACUACAGCAUCAUGGCCAACUACAGCUGGCUGCUGGCCGAGGGACACUACCUGUACAGCCUGGUCAGCGUCUCGCUCUUCUCCCGCCGCAGACACCUGGGCUGGUACAUCGCCCUCGGCUGGGGCGCUCCGGCGGUGGUGCUGGUGGCCUGGUGUGGCUCCCGGUGUUACUUUGAGGAUGAAGGGUGCUGGGAGACGCGGCGGGUGGAGUGGAUCUGGUGGAUCCUCAGAGCUCCCGUUCUGCUGUUCAUCAUCGUGAACUUGUCGUUCUUCCUCUGCAUCAUGAGAAUACUGGUGGCCAAGCUGAGAACACAAGACAUGCCCGGCAAUGAGUUCAACCAUUACAGGAAGCUUGCCAAGUCCUCAUUCCUGCUGGUGUCCCUGUUUGGUCUUCACUACAUACUCUUCGCCUUUGUGCCGGAUAAAGUCAACAACACGUCGGUGGAAAUAUGGAACUUUAUUGAGUUAGCCUUCGCUUCAACUCAGGGGUUCGUGGUUGCCAUUUUGUACUGUUUCCUAAAUGGGGAGGUGAAGAGUGAGAUGAGGCGGAGGUGGGGAAGGUGGAGGCUGAUGCAGGGCCUCCAGGGGCAGAGGCAGCGGGGGUCCAUGAGUCAGAGUGGGGGGGCCACCACCAACGUCUCCCUGCUGCAACGGGGACCCACCACGCCCCCGCCAAGCCUGGAGAAGUGAUGGACCAACACACACACACACACACACACACACACACACACACACACACACACACACACACACACACACACACACACACACACACACGCGUUCUACAUGUAACAACAGUCCAGCCGCCUGUUUAAUUAAAUUAAUAAUAAUAAAUUAGAUCUAUAUAAUGCUUUUAUUAAAAACAAAGAUGCUUUACCCUGAGUGGCGGUGGUUUUGAAGCAGAAAACAGGCAGAAAGCACAAACACACAGGGGGUUGGGGGGGCGGGAGAAUCUAUCCUAGAGGUCAAAAGGCGGAGGGAACAAUUCCAUGGGACAGUCUCAUCUCUCAUCAUCUCAUCUUCGUCCGCUUAUCCGGGGUCGGGUCGCGGGGGGAGCAGCUCAAGCAGGGGGCCCCAGACAUCCCUUUCCCGGGCCACAUUGACCAGCUCUGACGGGGGGAUCCCGAGGCGUUCCCAGGCCAGUUGAGAUGUAAUCUCUCCACCUAGUCCUGGGUCUUCCCCGAGGUCUCCUCCCCACUGGACGUGCCUGAAACACCUCCCAAGGGAGGCGCCCAGUGGGCAUCCUUACCAGAUGCCCAAACCACCUCAGCUGACUCCUUUCUAAGUAAAGGAGCAGCGGCUCUAAUCCGAGUUCCUCACGGAUGGCUGAGCUUCUCACCCUAUCCCUAAGGGAGACGCCAGCCACCCUUCUGAGAAAACUCAUCUCGGCCGGUGGUACCCGCGAUCUCGUCCUUUCGGUCAUCACCCAACCCUCAUGACCAUAGAUGAGGAUAGGAACGAAGAUCGACCGGUAGAUCAAGAGCUUUGCCUUGCGGCUCAGCUCUCUUUUCGCUACAACCUCCAUGGGACAGUGAGGAUUUGAAAGGUUUUGAGAGGUAGGGGCACAGGAAGGCAAGACUACAGCAGGGCGGUGGGGAGUUGGUCAAGGGAGCAUGUAGCUGGUUUGUAAGAGCUGAUGAGUGUAUAAAUGAUGGAGGCGGCGAUGGGGGGGAAGGGUAGGAGGUCAAGCCAGAUUGAGAGGACAGAGACAGGAGGGGCUGAUGUCUCUAACACAGACGACAGUGAUUUGUUAAUAGUGGUGAUCACCAAAGUAUUGAAGGAAGCUGUUGCAAGGUUGAGGUUGGAGAGGGCGUGGGCACUGGCUUUAGGAGGUUGUUCACAAAGAGGCUCUGGUGUUAGGCUUGAUAUCAUUGAUGAUGGUGGAAAGAAAGGCAGACUUGGUGGUGUAACCACCACCAAGUCUGCCUUUUUUUCCAGGGGCAUCUUUGGAAGUGGAGAGGUGGAGUUCACAGGCUUCAUGGUGGCAGUGAAGGAUGGCUACUUGUUGAGUCGUUCCGCUUGGUGAUCAGUAGGUUAUUUCUCUGAGGAGUUGUGGACGAGAAGUUGGGGAUGGAACUGGAGGGGAAUUUGAGUACCGGUAGAUUGACAGAGAAAAAUAGGUCAACGAUAUGAUCUUUAACAAGGGUGGGGAAAGUGACACGUGGGGUGAGCUUAGAAGUGCCGGGUAGACAGGUGGGAGAAAGGAGACCUGGGCACACACCUUCUGAUGCUUGCUGACCUUUAGUAUCUCAGUUGGUUAUGAUUUUCUUUUCCUUGUUUCAAUGUUUUUCACAUGCUGUAUUGCCUUAUCAACCUAGUUUCAGUUGUAAACGCUCUACUGCCCCCUUGUGGAGCCCACAUGUUAACUCGGGGGACAGUAUAAAUGCAGGCAGCUCUGUGGAGAUCUGUGUUGUGUCUCAGUCUUGAUGUGGAUCUUCGCAAAUGUGCUCUAUGGAGAAUUCAUCCAUAAAUCCAGGUGAACUAGAACAUUUUAAGGUGGUUUAAGAAUUGUUGACAAAUACACAAACUGAGGGAGGGAAUACACAUGAUAUAAAAGGGGAACAUAUUUCACACAUGAUCAAUGUGUGGCUACUCCCAGUUCAGGAACAAAUAAAAGGAUGGUGAUGUUUGUAUUCGCUGAUAUAAUACACCAUACCAAGUGUAUAUAUGCAUUAACAGAAGUGUAAAACAUACAAGCAUUGAAACUGGUGUACAUAAACACCCUUGGGUGUCUAAUAGACUUAUCAAGUCAUCAAGUCAAAUAUUUAUAACUACAUCUUCAGAGUUCCACUGUCAAUUGUUUUUUAAAUCAGAUGUUAAAGUUUUGCCUUAUUUAUUGUAUUAGACAAAUUUAUAUUGUGCCAUAUAUUUUAGAUAGGCCUGUACAUUGGUACUCAUUAAAUAAUGUUGUUUGAGUAGAAUUGUAUAUCUCAGCUUGGUGAGCAUUCUUCGCCUUCACUUAAAAUCACUGCUUCACUUGGCCACCUCAGUGAAUUUAAUCACCUCAACCAUGUUGCUCAACAAAUGUGUUUUGUCACUUCCUUCUUUUUGAUUGUCUAAUAAAUUGUAUUAAUGUUU